AUGAUCUCGCGCUUCCUAUUGGAUUUUAGGAAGUGUUCGUCGUCAGUGGCAUCUUUAGCUAAGGUGGAUCCUUGGAAGAAGCGACUUCAGUUUGCCAAACCUCACAUCCAAAGAUUCGAAACUCCAGUCAGAAAGGUAUAUUACGCUCCAGAAUGGGAGUUGAAGAAGGUCGAAGAUCCAGACAAAGACAUUUACAGCCCGUUGAAGAAUUACGGUAUGACACCGGAGAAGUGGGAGUAUCAGAAUAAAGUAAGUUGGGUAGUAUUGUUAAGAGGAAAUGGUAGUAAAAGUAAUGUUUCUGGAGGUUGGUUGACAAAACAUUAUUAUUGUUUUGAAGUUAAGCAAAAGACGGGUGUUAAGAAGUAAAGGAUGGUGUAAAAGAAGUUGUCUUCACAUUGAUAUUCAACUUGUUUUAGGUAGUAUGGCCUCCUGGCUACGUCGUUCCAGAGACAGGCUUACCAAAGCCUCCAGAAGUGUACCACUGUAUCGAGAAUAUCCACUUCGCUCCUAAAAAGAUGUUCACCUCAUGUCAAUUUGCAUGGAGAAUGAAAGUGAAAGACGCUUUGAUCCAAUUGAAGUUUAAGGGCGGCAAGGUAGGUUAUAGAAUGUCAUCUUUCAAUAUUUGAUAGUAUAAGUUGACACUAAUGUCAGAAUUAUGUUUUUAAUAGUUUUUGUUUUAACUUGUAUAUGACAUUCAAAAUAGUAUAAUAUUAUAUUAUAAUCCUAUUCAGGGUACAUUAUUAAUGGCCGACGCGAUAGAACAAGCCAGGAAUCGUGCUCAGAACGAGUUCCACAUCAACAACCCGGACGACAUGUUUGUCGCCGAAGCCUUUGCCAUACAAUGUGCAAUCAAAAAAAGUCGGAAGCGACAUGCUCGUGAGAAUUGGAAUAUUACCCGCCAUCGCUUCAUUAAUGUGUUUGUGAGGUUGGAAGAAGGUGAACCUCCAGGGUACAAGUCAUCUAUACCUAUUAGCAACGGAUGGGACAAGAUGAGGGAGUACUACGCUUAUCUACGGUCGCGACAAAUUCAAUACUCAAUUUAG